AUGAACUUCGCGCCCUACCAGGACGCCUCUCCGGAGAACACGCGCGCCAUGUCGCCACCAAUCCGCUCACCAACACACUCGCCGCGACCCUCACUCUCCACCAGCCGCCACCAGCGUGGGAACAGCGCGCUCGGUACAUCGGCAAUCGCGUCGCCGCAAGGAAACCAGAACUCGGUGGCGUCGUACUUCCCUCCGCAGCGAGGAAGCGCCGAUCUGGAGCGAGGGUGGGGUGGCAACAGCAACAACAACGCCGCGGCAUGGGGUGCUGCAAGCACGGGCAGCUUAGGUGGAAGGGAGAAUCUGGAUUUGUUUGAGACAAGGUUGGGGAUACGGAUGGAUUGGGAGGCGUGUUUGGCGUACCUGUUGCUGCCGCCGGCAGGGGGAGUACUGUUGCUUGUGUUGGAGCAUCGGAGCGAUUACGUAAGGUUUCACGCAUGGCAAUCGGCGCUACUGUUCUCGUUCAUGUUCGUCGUCCACAUCAUCUUCUCGUUUUCCUCGUUGAUCUCCUGGAUCCUCUUCUUCCUCGACAUGGGUAUGAUUGGGUUCCUUACGAUGCGGGCAUAUCGCGAUGCGGAAACUCUUGAUCGUUGCGAAAUUCCGUACUUCGGAACACUGGCGAGCUCAAUUCUCGACGACGAGUAG